AUGUUGGAUGAGCCGUCCAAUACGAUAUUUCCCAGUUGGAGCUCGUUUUUUUCUCCAGGGUUCCCAGUGGUUAUGAGCGUACUGAAGUCGGGAGUCGGAGAUUUCCGAGUUACCAGUUGUUUUGAAUGCGACAACUGUUCACGUGUAUGUUGUUGGAAACAAGACUGGCUAUCCCACAAUGCAAAGUUUGUUACGUAAUUGAAAGCGGUAGAUUUGGGUCACGUGCUUUGCCGGAUGAGCUUGUAGAAUUGAGAACUUUAUAUGAGACUUGUAUAACAUUAUAUAUAUAUAUAUAACCACAUCAACCAUUUUGGUAUUUGGCCAUGAAACACUCCACCCAUCUUCUACGCAGGCGACAUGAAUCAAGGGCACCUUGACUGAGUGCUGGCGCGAUGUUUUGACAGUGAAUAUUUGAUAGCUAACUAUUUGACAAACUUUUGCCCCAUAACUGCAGGUGACGAAGAGGGGACACAGAGGGCACCUGCUGAACUCAUCCUACUGUGGAUAAAAGUACCACAAUGACACAUGACAGUCCCAAACACACGAAGCUGCUCUCCUUCCAUGGUGAUAUUCUCACAUUUCAGUGCAAACUCCCCAAUCCCAGAGAUGGCGAAAGUCGAAGAGGAUCAGAAUUGGCUUUCAGCAGACUGACAUUUCAACGGGAUGGCUGCACUUUUUUAAAGGGGAAUGGUGGUAUGGCCAUCAUCAACAGAAAGAGUUCAUCCAAUGUUGAUAUAGUGGCAUGCACCUUUGCCCUACAUGUGAAAAACAGAGUCACUUCGCCAUGCAUUUUACUGAUACAGAGCAAGAAGGGAAAUGUCUUCAAGUACAGCCUUCUCACUCUGAGCAUCUCAAAUAGAUUAGAGCCACAUAUGGAGUUUAAACUGCCAUACCGAAUGAAAGACAAUGUUACUAUCUUGCAAGGCCCUACUGUAUUAUGGAGCCAUGCUGGUAUUGUCUUCUACACGUCACUGCAGGCAGGUGAAGUUAGACAAAUACCUAUCAAGCUCUCUCUGAAUUGUAUUGUUGAGUUUCCUCUCAAUAAAAUAAAAAUAUUCAUACUAGGUUACCAAACACAAUCAAAUGAAUGCCUGAAAGAUCAGUUGGACUCUCCAGGCGGGAGCAAAACCAUGGGGUAUUUUGUAGAGGACGGACAAGUAUUUAAUGCAGAUCUAAUCUUACCUCAUGCCUAUAGUUCCAUCACACAGUGUGUAUUUGUGAUCUCCGCUGAAGAGGUGAACAGUGUGUUGAAAUCAACUGUGGUGGCAGCGACCAGUAAAAAGCAGUUGGUUUAUUUUGAGAACGGCAUUCCCAUUGAGGUAUGUCUGCUUCCCUUUGAAGAACCUCAACACAUUCAGAUGGUCAACACUGGACGCAAUGGAUGUCUGUUUGCCAUCUAUUUCAACGAUGGACAUGUCUGUGCAGUGUGGAAAGAUACUUUUCAGGUAGCAUCAUGCUGGUCAGGUGUGACCUCCCUACAUGUGGAUGACUUUUUGAGCUGUGGAACAGAUCAAAUGCUGCUGGUCUUUGGAAGCCAGAGCCCUCCUGUGGAUCCAGUGGAUCUUUUCCUCAUCACAGAUCUCUGCGGGACAACCUAUUCUCAUGGACAGGAGAGCAGUGAAGGACAGCAGGUAUCUGACACAGCUCAGGAGAACUACCUCCUAACUGUCCAAGCUCUACAGUCCAGACUACAGAGUGGCCUGACCUUGCUCCAGGAUCUUCAGAGCGAUGUGAGGGUGAAGGAGAGGGUUCUACGCCAGUCAGUCCAAGCCCUCACAGACCUGGUCUCAGGAAGAGAACACAUUCUCACCCAGACAGAGCAGGAAGGCCUUGUUUCUCUAUGGGAAGAUGAGCCAGAGGACGAGGCCAUUCAUGAGAAGAGGCAGGUUAUGCCGGUGAUGCCACCACCUCUAGUGGACAAUCUUUGGCACCGUGUCAUUGAAGACCGCUUGAUUGUGGGUGUGAUACUAUCCACAGAGAGUGCCAUUAUAUAUUUUUGUUCCAGCUCAGCGGAGAAUGUUACUUUAUCCAUCCUGAGAGAGAGAGGCCAGAGCCAGACGCCUGCGGUCAUACAGACCCACAGCCAAGCGUCCUGGUUCCCCACACCCAGCCCCCCGUCUCCCUACUCUCACCCAGAGCCAGCGGCUAAGAGGAGCAGGCGGACCGUUGCCAGCGGAGCCCGUGCCACACACCGACUGGCAGUGACCGCUAUGACUGACCUGACCCCUCUGCUGACCUCUGGCAGUGUCAAAUGCCCCAUUAUGCUCCAUUAUGUCCACAGACAGGGAUCUUCGGCCUCUGUAACCACUCCAGGACCAACACCAACAGUGGUCCAGUGCGGUCAAAUCCAAAUUGAUAUUCAGGUCAAACACCACCGCCAGCUGAUGACCAACAGUCAACUCACAACAGAUGAGGCUAGAGAAGACCUGCUUAGCCUAUUGGCUGUGCUGGAUGCCUGGACCUUCCUGAUCCACUCUCCUGACCACACCCUGUGUGAUGUGGCUGGCUGGAUCCAGACAAGCAUUCCCUGUGAGAGGCUAGAGAUCAGUCCACACUACCUACUGUCCAAUCCUGCUGGGCUAUCUGCUGUCAUGCUGUUUCACUGGCAGCACAAAACACCUUUCCAGGGAGAAUUAUCCGUCCACUGCAGCCAGUUCAAGGUGCUGCAGUUCCUCGACUCCCUGUUUGGUUUCCUGCCAGCAUCCUGCUCAAUCCUGCGCCUCAGGCAGGGGGGAGGAGACGGGACGGUACCACGACUGGCCCAUUCCCUGGAGAAAGAGGUACUGUCACUCAAACAGGGCGUGUCGUCUUUGCUCCGUGAAGAGGAGAUGGAGGAGCUGAAGAAGAGCAGUGGAGUGAAGAAGAUGGAGCCCCCUGAUCCAGGCUCUGCUGAGGGACUCCAGAGGUGCAGGGAGGAGUGGCAGCGGGACAAGGAGAGGAGCAGGAGGCUGUUGAGCCCCCUGGUGGGUGUGGAGCGCUAUCGCAGGUUGACCCAGAGCCUAACCCAGGUACAGCUGGAAGGAGAUGUAGUUGCCCUCCUAGAGACACAGCCACUAAUUUAGGCUUGCAAUGCAUUGACAUGCACACUAAGUGGCCAUCCCAAAUUCUUCGGUUCAUGGGAAACGUAGAUCAAUUGGUAUCAAGGGACCUAACGGGUGCCAGGAAAACAUUCCCUACACCAUUAUACCACCGCCACCAACCUAUACCGUUGACACCAGGCAGGUUGGGGCCAUGGACUCAUGCUAUUUACGCCAUAUGCUGACUCUGCCAUCAGCAUGACGCAACAGGACCCGGGAUUAGUCGGACCAGGCAAAGUCCUUCCACUCUUCAGUUGUCCAGUGUUGGUGAUCGAGUGCCCACUGGAGCCACUUCUUCUUGUUUUUAGCUGAUCGGAGAGGAACCUGGUGUGGUCGUCUGGUGCAAUGGCCCAUCUGUGACGAGGACCGACAAGUUGUUAAUUCCAAGAUGCCGUUGUUGUACUGCACCGUUAUUUGCCUGUUUGUGGCCCGCUUGUCAGCUCGGACGAUUCUUGUCGUUCUCAUUCGACCUCUCAUCAACAAGCUGUUUUCACCCACAGGACUGCCGCUCACUGGAUGUUUUUUGUUUGUCACACCAUUCUCGUUUCUGAGAUACUGGAACCGAUGCGCCUGGCACUGACGAGCAUACCACGUCUCUUAAAUCACUCGUUUUGCCCAUUCUAAUGUUCAAUCGAACAGUUUCUGAACGCCUCGAUACCUGUCUGCCUGCUUUAUAUAGCAAGCCACAGCCACGUGACUCACUGUAGUAGUGAACCAUUUUUGUGAAUGGUGUGGUGUACCUAAUAAACUGGCCACGGUAGUGCAGUAGUUCUUUUUUAUUUCUAUGCCUUCUACAGGAUUGUACCUUUUGGUUUCUAAUAUUCUGUAUGUUCUUGUUAUCAAUGAAAUGUUGAGGUUCAGUCCAGAUGAUCACUGUCUUAUGCCUUGUUGAACUGAGUGCUACCUUAUGUGUUGUCAUUGGUAAUGAGAAGUUACAAACCUGAGAUGCAAUUCACCCUCUAGGUUAUUGUAAUUAUUAUGUUAAUCUCUCAUAGUGUAAACCUGCCUGUACCUAUAGUUCCUCAGAUGUACGGUCCAUUAAAAAAAGUGUUCAUACCCCUCAA